UUUCACUCCGCAGCCGCGCCUGGAACCGUGUUUGCGCCUCACCGCUUCACCCCACCACCUUGGUGGCAAUAGCCUGCACAACCCCAACCACGUCUCGUGCUCUCGACAUAUACCUCUAGGAGUAGGCGCAACAUGGACGACUUCAAUAGCGAAACAGAUAGCGACUACACAAGCUACUGGCGGGAUUGGUUCAUAUCAUCACGAGGAAAUGAGUACUUCUGCGAGAUCGACGAAGAAUACCUGACCGACCGCUUCAACCUCACGGGCCUGAACACCGAAGUCCAGUACUACCAAUACGCGCUCGACCUUGUAACGGAUGUCUUCGACUUCGACUGCGACGAUGAUAUGCGGGAACAGAUUGAGAAGUCGGCGCGACACUUGUAUGGACUAGUACACGCGAGAUAUAUUGUCACAACUAGGGGUUUGGCAAAAAUGCUCGAGAAGUUCAAGAAGUCCGACUUUGGCAAAUGCCCGCGCGUAAUGUGCGAAUCACAACCUCUGCUCCCCAUGGGCCAGUCCGACGUACCCAACACUUCACCCGUCAAACUCUACUGCGCACGCUGCGAAGACCUGUACAACCCCAAGUCGUCGCGACACGCCGUGAUUGAUGGCGCGUAUUUUGGCACUUCCUUUCACAACAUCCUUUUCCAAGUCUACCCUGCAAUGUUACCACCGAAAACACAACGUCGAUACGAGCCGCGCGUGUUUGGAUUCAAAGUCCAUGCUGCGGCAGCAUUGUCGAGAUGGCAGGCAGAUCAAAGGGACCAAAUGAAAGACAGGCUGAAGACGUUGAAGAUGGAAACGGGGUUUGAAGACGAGGACGAGGAGCUGGAGGAAGAUGAUGAAGACGAGGAGAUGGAUGUGCAGGCAGGGGAAGAAGGAGCGGCCGUGCAGCUGUAGUAGAUGCGGCUGUUACAAGUCAUGAUAGAGAAUGCGGCCAGAACAUAAUCACGAAUAAGGAUAUAGCUUCCUCGGAUACUAGCAUGGGUACGGCGACAGGCGCGUCAUGGUUGGGUUAGGCAAUGUCUGAUAAUACCUCUAUGCGUUCAACAACUUGUUACUCGAACAAUAUCUUCUGGGGUCCGUCUCGACGUGGACAGUUGUCAAAGGAAAGACUUGCAGAAGUGAUCUGCAGUCCUCAUAUGAACCGUCCAA